AUAUGUAUUAUGAUGAUACAAGUGAUGAUGAAGAUCCCUUACCAGUUCAAUCUUUAGAAUCAUUCACAGUAAAUAAUAAUCAAGAACAGAAUAAUGAUUAUUCAACAUGUAUAUUGGUGGAUUUGGUGGAUGGAAAAAUUCAGACGUGUGGGAGUAGUCAACAAAUUAGACCUCUCAAUCAUCUAAUUGGAAUGUGGCAGUUAGAUAGGGAAAUUGUCAAAAAAACUGAAGAAGAGGGAAAAAAACUAGGAAUCUGUAUGCAACAUUUCAAUGUUGAUCAAAAAUACCAUAAAAAUAAAUUGAAAACUACAAUACCUGUAAUUGAUCAAAAUGUCCAGGUUCCUUGUAAUGGACAAAUAACCUGUCGUGCAUUAAAUAACUUUGGCGUGAUUUGCAAACCAAAAGUUGAUAUAGUUGCUAAAGCUCAAUAUAUAUGCUGUGAAUGUUAUCAAAAUCAUGGAGGGCAUUUACAUGUGAAAAUGGGAUCUGGGAAACCACUAUUUGAUUGUGAAAAAUUUGAUUUACAUAACAAUGACCAUUCCACUUCCCUUGAUCUUCUAGGUAAAUGGCUUUUAACAGUUGCUAAAUCUGAAAAUAUAGAAUAUAAAGAAAAGGUAUUAACGAAUAUUUUGAAUCCUGCACUUCAAAUAAUUAAAGAAACACAAGAAAUGGAAGCAAAAAAUUCAAGUUCAAAAGCAGUAAUAGAAAUAUCAACAAUAUCUGACCUGUUAUAUACAAAAGUGCCAAGUCCUUUCGUACUAAAGACUCCUUGGUUCAAUGAGAGAUCUAUUCUCAACUUGCAAAUUAUGGCUCACACUAGUGGUAAUGAGAGAAAAUUAGAAAUAGUAAGAAUGAGUAAAAUUCAACCAGAAAUAAGAUUAAAAAAAAAUGAUCCUAAAAUUUGGAAUUUGUCAAUGAUUGAUAAUAUUGAUUUCAAAGAAAAAAGCUUCACUUAUUAUAAUAUUUUUAAUGCUACUCGUAAUACAUCUCAUGCAACAUUAAGAAUGUGUUUUCAAAUACCUCUUUCUUUUAAUACUCAAGAAGGACCAGAGGAUAUACUCCAAAAUUUUUCAGAAAAAGACCUGUUUGGCAUGAAUAACGUAGCAGAAAGUGCUAUAAACCUUUUUGACAAAUUGUUGGUUACAUCAUUACAGAUGACAAUAGAAAAUGAUGUUAUUAAAUAUCAGAAAGAUUUUGAUGCUUCAACAAUCUAUCAAAAAAUGAUGAAGUGUGUUGAACAUGGGUCUGGAAAGAUGAAUUACAUGAAGUCUGUUGCACAUUAUCUUGCCAUAUUGUCCCAAUAUCCAAAACUUGAGGAAAAAUUAAAUGCUGCAGCAUCCAUAAAAACAUCUGAAGACAGAGCUGGACACUUCUUUGGAUUUGAUGAGGCACUUGAAACUCUAGGUGUUAAAUUUAUUAAAGGCUUUAUAAAUGGAAAUGUAAUUGAUGAAGAUAACAUGAAAUCACAAAUAAGUGCUGCACAAACCGAACAUGAGAGGAUUGGUGUUCUCUUCUCUGAAUAUUUGAAUGAUACCACAACUCCUCAUGGAACCAGAGCAAUAAAGACACACAAAGAAACUAUGUGGGAUUUAGUUAAUCAUUUAUUAGACACAUUUAAUGUUGCAGAUAAUAAAGCACUUGAAUGCAAUUUAUGGAAAACAACAAAACCUUGUGCAUUGAAUCCUAUUGGAGUGCAAUGA